AUGUACAGACUCAGCCUACUCGCAGCUCUCCUCUUGGGAGCGAACUGCCAAUACGCUAGCGGCGGCGGUGGCGGCGGAGGCGGCGGAUACGCCGGUGGUGCUCCUGCUGGAGGUGGCGGAUACGGUGCUCCACCCAUGGCUCCUCCCCCUCCCCCACCAUCGAGCUAUGGAGCUCCUCCCGCUGGAGGCGGAUACUCGGCUCCUCAAGCCCCACCCCCGCCACCACCACCACCACCUCCUCCAUCAAGCUACGGAGCUCCUCCAGCUGACGCCGGAGGCUAUUCGGCUCCCCAAGCUCCACCACCGCCUCCUCCUCCUCCACCACCACCACCAUCAAGCUACGGAGCACCACCACCAGCUGCCGGAGGAUACUCUGCCCCUCAGGCUCCACCACCCUACGGACCACCACCACCCGCCGCCGGAGGAUACUCUGCCCCUCAAGCUCCUCCACCAAGCUUCUCUCCUCCUGCCCCAGCUCCUCCCCCGCCAAGCUUCUCACCUCCCGCCCCAGCUCCUCCCCCACCACCACCAGCCAUGCCUCCAGCCAUGCCCCCAGCACCCGAAGCACCAGCGCCCGCCGCCCAGAACUCGUACGGAGAUGAGCCAGCUGCUGCCCCAGCCCCAGCUGAGGCCUCUUCUUCAUCUUCUUACCGCCAUCGUCAUCGCAAAGUGUUCCGUCAUCGCAAAGUCGCCCGUGUCUUCCGUCACAAGGUGCGCAAGGUGGCCGCUCGUAAAGUGGUGCGAAAGGUGGUUCGCCGUGUCGCCGCUCGCAAGGCGGUUCGUCGUGUGGUCGCUCGCCGUGUGGUCGCUCGCCGUGUGGCCGCUCGUCGUGCCGCCCGCCGUGCCGCCCGCCGUUUG